CAUUAAAACAACAACAACAGCAUUAAACAAAAUGCGAGUUCAACUUGUGAUAAAAAAAAUAACCAUGCUAAUUCCUCGUUGGUAAAGGCCUUUUGAGAUACCGUCUUAAGAGCUGGCAAGAUGGAUCGGUUUGCUUUCAAGAUCGAUGCUGCCCUGAAGGCGAAUCUCUGUAAAAUCUGUCGCUUGUGCGGCAUCGAUAAUCCAGGAAAAGUGCCUAUACUGCUACCAAAUGAAGGCGCCACCAUUGACCUGGACGAGCCCUGCAUGUCGCAGAAGAUCUACGAGCUGGUGGGCUUUAUGGUGUUCGUGGACGACAAAAUGCCGCAGACAAUGUGCAGCCAGUGCGUGGAUAAAAUCAAUGAUUUUUAUGAGUUCCGGGAGAUGUGCUAUGCAACCAAUAAACAGACUCGUAAUCUGCUGGGACUAAAGCAAAUAGAGCCCACUAGGAUUAUCGAUCUGAAGCCCAUAGUUAAGAAGGAAUCACAGCUUUCUGGGGCAGCUGCCAAACGAGGAAGAAAACGAAAAGGUGACGACGCAUGGUCAAGAAGUAACCUUAGUGUCAAACCUCAGGUCAAAAAGGAGCCAUUUGGUUGGCAUAAGAAACAGAAACUUCAGCCAUCACAGACUCCACCUAUAGUGCCCAAAACAGAACCUGAAAUCAAAGAGGAGCCCUCCGAACCGGAGAGCAGCAUAAAGCAGCAAUCAAAAAAAGGCGGCCGGAAGUCCAUUUGCAGCGUUUGCGGCGAGAAGUUCAUCAGCAAGGAGCUGGCCGACGAGCAUAAGAGCUUGGUGCAUGUGCCCUCGAUACCGCGCUACACGUGUAAUGCGUGUAACCAGACGCACCAUAACCAGAGCGACAUACGCGCUCACCAGCUGUGGCAUAAGCUCUCGAAAACGCCUUACAAGUGUCCUCUCUGUGAGACCAGUGUGGCAAAUGCCUACGCUUUUACGAGGCACUUGCGCGAGCACACGCCGCCCACUCCUGUCCAGCUGCUUGUCCUUGAUCGUGAGUGCCCGUUGUGCAAGAAGACGUUCAUCACAAACUAUUUCUACAAUACUCACCGCUGUGCCAUCCGCAAACGCAAGUGCGGCGGCUGCAGUCGCCAAUUAAACACAGAUGCGGCUUACAUGCGACACGCUCCCACCUGCUCAAAGAUUUACCUCAAUCACUCAAAGCACAUCUUGCCCGAGGAAGUGACCAAUGAGGCCCAGAUGUGCAUUAAGAAUGAGGUAGAGGAGGAAUUGCUUGGCCUUCCUCCGGCCACCGCUGUGCCGCCAGACUUCGUCAUAGACGAGGGAAUGCAGCCAGUAGUUGUCUUGGAGCGCCUGUCAUCACCCCUGCUACGGGCUUCGGCCGGAGUCAGCCGAUUGGGUGCCACCAAAAGCAAAAAUAGCGAUCGUGUCUCUGCUAAGAAGUACUUGAAGAGAGUUGACCAGUUGUUGAAAAACACGAUAAACACCCUGGUCAGCAUUAAACAUGAGCCUGAGAUGCACAUCAAUGACACGGGGCCAUCUCUAGAGCAGGGGGAGAGUGAACACGACGAUGAACCACAUGGCUAUGGAGACGAUUUCCAGGCAGCUAACGAUGACAGUGAAGAAGAAGAAGAGGAAACAACAGCAGCUGCUGACGAUGUGCCUAGUGUUUCGGUCAAACAGGAACCUGCGGACAAUGCCUAUGAAAAGCAAAUGGAGGUGAAGCAGGAGCCACUGAAACUUAAAUUGAAAAUCACUAAGAACCAUGGCAAGCUUAACUCCUCGCUUAUAGACGAUUUGGAUGAAUCAGGGCAGGCAACUGGCAGGAGCACUAAAAAGAAAAAGAAAAAAAAGCACAAGGAACGAGAAUGGGAAGCGUCGGCGGGGGCAGAACCCUGUGGAACAAAAUCUGAGGAACACCCUGCGUUUAACAUUAAACAAGAACCUAUUGAUUAUACACCUGAGGUAACAGUAAUGACAACAAUUCCCAUGAUCCAGAUGGAGAGCAGCUACAACGAUCAGCACGAGGAAGAUGAUGCAGAGCAUCAGGAAGAUGUUAAGCCAAAUCGCAUGGAGCUUGAUCGCUUGAUGCAGAUCUCACAUGUUGCCAGUGGUGUGGUUAUGGCAGAAGAGGCAAUGCCUUUGGAGAGAGCAGAAGAAGCCACUCCCGAUGAACCUCGAUGGACGGAUCUGCCGCAUGAAUACUCCGCAUCUAAGGCUAUUUCUGGAAGGUCUACAGCUCGCAAAAGUACUGGUGGUGCUCAAUGCAAGACCCAAACGCCACCGAAGCAUCCUCCACUGCCACAGAUCGUAGCCGUUGUGAGUGGCGAGUCGGCUGUUAACAUUAUGCCGAAUGCUUGCAUCAAACCGGAGCCGCUAAAUCGUGGCUAUGGGGAUGAAUCGCCAGAAGAAGAGAUUAAUCACAAUAUCAAGAUGGACGAGGAAAAUGCCUAUAUAGGCAGUUUAGAUCUAAGCAAUGUAACCGUGAAGCAGGAAAAAGACUUAGAUAUUACCGAGCCAGAUGCACUGCUGUGUAAUGGAUUGGAAAAAAGUAAUGAGACCAAGGGAGAUGAUGAUGGCAAUGAGGACGGUGUUUCAUCCGCAGACGAGGCCGAAGAAGCCGUGGAGGAGGAUGAGGGAGAGCGCAUAUAUCGCGAAAUUGAUCUGCCACCACUAGAACCUCAAAACAGUGCGCAGGAAGCACUACACAGGUUACAAGUGGAAUCCGAGAAAAAGGAUACUCAGAUAUCAACGGCUUUACAUGCGGAAGACACUCCUCCGGAAGUACUUGGUGUCGAGAAACCAUUUAGUUUGGUCAUAACCAACAUCUGCAGUCAAGCCGUAUCGACACCGGCCGCAGCUGAUACCAGCUCUAAGUGUGCUAAUCAACCGUCUGUUCCCAGCGAUAUUAAAUGCUCAUUAGAUCCAAGCAUUAGCCAAUCAAAUGAGGGUCCAUCCCAGGCAGAGGAAAAUGAUAUGCAAUCUGCAAAUGACAUUCAAUCUUCUCUAGAAUCAACCUCCAAUCUUGCGUUAAAAUUAAAUGCUGAUCCUUGCCCAAUUCUCAUAACUCCUGUGCCAGAUGCAAUAGAUAUGCAAUUAGACUCAGCUGAAAAUCUUCCGAGUGCUGCUAUGGAGACCCGACCUGCAAUGGAUGUAGCUUGUAGUUCAGAAGAAAGAAAUUUGUUAACUAUGACCCUUGAAAACGAUCUUGUUGGCUCUAACCUUGAAACUGAACUGCAAUCCAUGACUGAACUAGGGUCUAACCUUGAUAUUGAAAAUCACUUAAUAGCGAACGGUAGCCCUAGUAUUGAAGAACAGAUAGGUCCCAGAGUUGAGGAACAAUAUACUGCUAAUCAUACACUGUCUGCUAUUGGUAACCCUGCAGUCACCGUUGAAGAAAGUGAAUCCCUUCCGAGUGAAAAUUCUGGUCCGGUUAACCUAGGAAUUUCUAUACCGGAAAACCGUUCACCCCCGCCCAACGAACCAUCGGAGUUUUUGGAGAAAUCAGCAGCAGGAAAUUCUGAUUCUCUUGCAACAGUUUCCCUCAACACUGUUAAUAUCGAAUGUAAUUACACGUGUGAGGAGGAGCAGCAGAAUGUGCUUAACCAUGAGCUCUCGGAGCAGCAGCAGACUUCACUAGAAGAUAGGCAGCUACUUAUUCACGAGGAACAGCCAGCUGUACUGGAGGUAAUCGCACCUGGGCCAUCAACACGCCCAAUUGAGGAGACUGAGAACAGCAUUAACGAGCAGCAGUUGAAUCUUGAUCAGGCGGAGCAACGUCAGCCUCGUUGCCAGCACAACGAUGACUCCAAUAUCAACGAAAUAGCCGAGAACAAUAACAAUGCCAACAUUGAGCGUGAAUUGCAAGAUGAUGCGCUCGGGGCUCAGGAAAACGAAAAUCCAUAGGAUACCCAAUGGCAUGGUUUCCCCCAAUUCAGUUAAAAAUUGUAAAUAAGUAUGGAUUGGUCAAUCAUGCUUUGGAAAUUGGAUAUAGUCGGUGCUAUAGCCCGAGCGAAUAAUUUUUACCAUGAGUUGCGAAUAAACUUUUUCGGAUAGCAUUAGUUUUAAGUUAGAUAUACACUUUAUUACAUAAAUUAAUGGCUUAUAUAUUAGUAUAUGUAAGUAUUAUGUAUUUAAAUACAUAAAUCGCACAAAAUCUGA